UCGUCAAGAACAUUCCUUACGCUCCCGUGUUUCAUAAACUCGAGGAACGACUGCUCGAUUUCAAUCGGAAAAAUCCUUCUUAUGUGUUUUUGAGAAUUGUCAGCAUGGUCGUCAAUAACUCGAAAAGCAACAACACUGAACCGGCGUUUCACACCGAAAACAACGUGUUGAAAGGAAAAGUGCUAUCAUGCGAAAGUCAAUAUACAAACAUAGGAACCUUUUUGUUUGACAAAAUGAAGAAGAAUUUGAAUCUUGUUGCACAGGUUGACGCGAUGACGGGAAUCGAGGACACCUACGCAGACAUCAUAGAUCGUUCAGUGAAAUGUGCGUUAUGGCUGCAGAAGCACGGAGUUGGAAAAGGCGAUAUCGUCGCGGUCUCCUCGCAUAAUCACCGCGAUUGUGUGGUUCCUUGUCUCGCGGCCCUUUAUAUGGGCGCCAUUGUCAAUCCCUGGGACUACGAUAUGAAUGUCCAACUCGCGCGCCAUUUUCUGACAUUGUCGAAGCCAAAAGUGAUUUUCGCGAAUGAGAAAUCGGUGGGAAUCGUGCUGGAGGCGGCGAAGAUAGAGCUAUGUCAGACAGAAAUGGUGUCAUUCGGGGAUUAUCCCGGUACGAUACCCUUUUCCGAGACAUUGAAGGGCCAUUCUAAGUCGGCCGUGGUGAAUUUUCGAUGCAAAGAAAUCAAUGAUCGCCGUGACACGGGCUUUAUCCUUUGCUCUUCUGGAACCACGGGUUUGCCUAAAGGCACGCAACUUUCGCACGAGGUGAUAAUGAACAUGCUGGCAUUGACCGAGAAUUUGGAUCUGAACAAACAGGUACCGAUGUGGUUCAGCACUUUGUAUUGGAUCAGUGGAUCGAUGCUUACUCUUAGAAGCAUAGCUUCUGGUACCAAAAGGAUCAUUGCCCCGGACUUCGACGAGACGAUCGCCUGUGAAAUUAUCGAUAAAUUUAAGGUCACUUGGUUGAUGCUGAGUACUAGCAUGGCGAAUCGAUUCGUUCGGUUUGAUCGUUUGCACGAUUACGAUCUAUCCAGCUUGACUGUUCUCUUCACUGGUGGUGCUACACUGAAACAAGAAUCCCAGGAUUUAUUAAAGAAACACUUGCCGCACUCGUUAAUAGUGCAAGCUUACGGUAUGACAGAGCUUGGUGGUUUGGUCACUGCACAAUUACCAGACACCACGAGUGGCUCUUGUGGCGUGGUGUGCACAAAUUGCGAAAUAAAAGUCAUAGACACUGAGUCUGGAAUGGCAUUGGGUCCGAACCAAAAUGGCGAACUUUGCGUGAAAUCUUGGACGAUGAUGACGGGAUAUUACAAGAAUCCUGAGGAAACCAAAAAGAUUAUCGACAAAGAUGGAUGGUUACAUACAGGUGAUUUAGGAUAUUACAAUGAGAAAGAAGAAUUUUUCAUCGUAGACAGGCUAAAGGAAAUUAUUAAGUACAGGGGACAUCAGACAACGCCAAAUAUAAUCGAGAACCUUUUGCAAACUCAUCCUGCUGUUUUAGAAGUGGCAGUGGUUGGUAUACCUCAUCGUACAGAUGACGAACAUCCGGUUGCUUUUGUCAGCAAGGUACCUAAUAAAGAGGUUUCCGCAGAGGAACUGAUCAAGAUUGUAGCUGGUAACCUGAUGGAUCACUACAAAUUGCGUGGCGGAGUAAAAUUUCUACCAAGUCUGCCACACACUCAUUCGGGGAAAAUUUCAAGGAAAGAGUUGAGAGCGAUGGCGAAAUCUCUCGCUGUUAAUUAAAUUACCAUAAAUCCUGUAUGAUAACCGACACUGGUACAAAUAAGAGUAUUUAAAUUCUUCUAUAAACUCAUAAGUAUUGUUAAUUGAAUAGUAUUAAUUGUGUAUUUUA